GUUCUCCUGCCCUUAACAAAAUAAAAAUAAACAGUGACGUUGGGGACUUGGAAAACAUUUCAAAUCCCGUCUUGUUUCCCGCUUUCGCUCGCCCCUCUUUCUCUUGCACUUUUCCCAUCCCCGCACCACGCCAUGCCAGACUCCAAAGAUUCCAAGGGCAAAGCUCCUCAGCCCAAUGAGUCGCAGCAAGGCAACCCCCCCGCGCAGCAGCAGCUGCUAACCCCACAGGCCGUCGAGGCACUGCUAGAAAACAAUGCUGCCCUGAGGAACGAACUGAGCGGGUUGGAUAAGGACAAGGCGGUGGAAGCGUUGCGCAAGAUGGAUAUUGCGGAGCUCCUGACCGGUCUGUCUUUGGGAGGCAAGAACAAGAAAGAUAUGGCAGCCUACAAGUUUUGGCAGACCCAGCCUGUGCCUCGAUUUGAUGACGCGGGCAGUGCCACUGGAGGUCCCAUUAAGAUGAUCGAUCCCGAGAAGGUCUCGAAGGAACCGGUCCCGCUCAUCGAGGGGUUCGAAUGGACUACCCUCGAUCUGACAAACGAAACCGAGCUCCAGGAGUUGUGGGACCUGCUCACAUACCACUAUGUGGAGGAUGACAAUGCCAUGUUCCGGUUCAGAUACUCGCAGUCGUUCCUACACUGGGCCUUGAUGUCUCCGGGUUGGCGUAAGGAAUGGCACGUGGGUGUUCGCGCCACGAAAUCACGCAAGUUGGUCGCUUCCAUCUGUGGUGUCCCGACGGAGGUCCGGGUUCGUGGCCAGAAGCUCAAGGUGACCGAGAUCAAUUUUCUCUGCAUCCACAAGAAGCUGCGGUCCAAGCGAUUGACCCCGGUCCUCAUCAAAGAGAUUACCCGCCGCUGCUACUUGAACGGUAUCUACCAGGCUAUCUAUACGGCCGGCGUGGUCCUACCUACCCCAGUAACCUCUUGCCGCUACUACCAUCGUCCCCUAGAUUGGUUGAAGCUCUAUGAGGUUGGCUUUUCCCCUCUUCCCGCUGGCUCUACCAAGGCUCGCCAGAUUACCAAGAAUCAUCUUCCGAGUAACACGUCUACCCGCGGUCUUCGCCCCAUGGAGCCGAGUGAUAUUGAUGCUGUGCAUGACUUGCUGGAGCGCUACCUGAAAGAGUUUGACCUAAACCAAGCCUUUACGCGGGCCGAGAUCGAUCACUGGUUGGUGCACAAGGAAAACCUCAGCAAGGAACAAGUGGUUUGGUCAUACGUGGUGGAGGACCCUGAAACUCACAAGAUUACGGACUUUUUCUCUUUCUACAAUCUCGAGUCUACCGUCAUCCAGAAUGCCAAGCACGACUGUGUGCGCGCGGCGUACCUCUACUAUUAUGCGACCGAGGCUGCUUUCACCAAGGAUACCAAAGUUCUCAAAGACCGACUGUUGAUGCUGAUGAACGACGCUUUGAUUUUGGCCAAGAAGGCUCAAUUCGAUGUAUUCAACGCACUCACCCUUCACCAUAACCCUCUCUUCCUUGAACCACUGAAGUUCGGCGCUGGUGAUGGUCAGCUGCACUUCUACCUUUAUAACUACCGCACCGCCCCCAUCCCUGGAGGCGUUAACGAGAAGAACCUGCCCGACGAGAAGAAGAUGGGAGGCGUGGGGAUCGUCAUGUUGUAGGCCCUGAUCCUCCGUUCACUCGGCCGCUUGUCGUAUCUAUUUCUCAAGAGAUCAAAACAUGGGGUGGCGUAUAAAGAAAUUAUGAGCAAGCAUGCAAUGAAUUAAUUCAAAUUUUACUCACUUUGAACGCAAC